UCUAGAUACCUCUAACAAAAAUUUGACUGCCUUACAAAAUAUUUAUCUUGUUUUUCUUCAACAAAAAAGUCCGAAAAUAAAAUUGUCCAAUGGGUUAUAACCUAUUAUUGAUUGAGGUGAAGAAGAUAGCGUUAAACAUCAUAUUAGUCUGCAUAAUUUUCCUCCUGCUGUAUUUGCAAUAUAACCGAGAGCCUUUAAAAACCAAUGAGGAAGUUCAGCCGCCCCUGGAAGGCAAGUCGGGAAAAAGGGGGUUGUUCGUGAAUACGUCACAAUGCCGGAUAUUCUCAAUGGAUUCCCUGUCGCCCAUCGCAAUGUACCAUAUGACGCAGAUGCCGAUAUACUGGUGCUAUAUGAUAAAGCUGAUUGAGCCGAUAAUAAAAGGCGGACGAAAUUACCUACAUCUGGCCGCUAGCCAGAAAAAACUUUGGAAGAAGCUCGGUGUAAGAAGGAUUAGCGAAAUCUCCUGCGCCUACAAACGUUUCGUGCGGAAAAACGAUUUUGAAAAUAUGUACUUGGAAUCGAAACUCUUUGGCUUUAGCAGGUGGACUAAUUACACCGAGGUAAUGUCGGGUAACAUAACUCUGCGGGUCUGGUGCUGGUUGGAUUAUGGUCGUCUAGUGUUUCACGACGUCCUGAUGUUCAUUCCAAUGCCAAAAAUACAGAAAACAAAGCCUGCCAAUUUGGAAGCCGUAAAACGCCUUUCCGUUUUGAUCCUGGGCAUCGACUCUAUUUCGCACAUGCAUUACCAGCGCUACUUCACCCGAGUAAUGGACUUUGUGGACGGUUUGCCGCACACGGAGCUAUGGGGCUACAAUCGCGUUGGCGUGAACUCGUAUCCGAAUCUGAUGCCCCUUUUGAGCGGCCAGAGUGCGGACGAGAUGGAGGCUCGGAGUGGAUGCUUUGGGGCAAACAAUAGGACAAACUACGACCGAUGCCACCUUUUGUGGCACGAAUUCGAGGCGGCUGGUUACGCGACGAUGUUUGGCGAGGACACCCGCAUUGGAGGCACAUUUACCUAUGCAAAGCCCGGUUUUAUGAAGAGGCCCACUGAUUUUUAUUUGCGCAGUGUGAUGAACGAGAUUCACAAGAAUACUAAAUAUGUGGCGCGAGGUGCAGAUGAGAUCACCUGCAGUGGUGAUCGAGUUUAUCACCAUGUACUGUACGAAUUCAUCUACCGUCUGCUGCCGCAUAUGCAGGCGAGAUGUUGGGAUAGGGGAUUUUUUGCCUUUUUCUGGCAGACAAUGGGCGUACACGAUUAUUUUCAGUACGGCGAACAAACGGAUCUGCAGUACUAUUUACUCUUGAAAGCGUUGCAAAGACGCAAAAUCCUCGAAAGAUCCUUGGUGCUGCUCUUGUCCGAUCAUGGUCUGCGUUUUGGUCCUUUUGUGAAAACGUUCCAGGGCAUGCGAGAGACCUCGCUGCCAACGAUGGUGGCUAUAUAUCCGCAAUGGCUCGAUCGCCGAUUUCCGCUGGCCGUGGCAAAUCUUCGGACCAACGCUCACCGUCUGGUGACCACUUACGAUAUCCACGAGACUCUUAAGGAUGUGGUCAACCUGGAGAACCUCAGCGACGAGCGGAUUCGCAGUCGCACUCUGCGACUGCGGAACGAUCACAACGUCUCCUUGUUUUUGCCAAUUCCCGAGGAGCGAAGUUGCUUUUCCGCCCGCAUACCGUUGCACUUUUGCGAGUGCGAUGGAUUCGUCAAGAUACCAUGGAACAUCCGAAGCGUUCAGCAGAUCGCCAAGUUUGCCGUAGCGAGGAUAAAUGAGCUGUUGAUACCCUAUAAGCAGUGUCAUCAGCUGGAGCUGCUUAGAGUGGAGGACGCCUACCUGCGAAAACAGCACGUAGAAUACGAAACGAUCACCGUGCGCCUGGUGACAGAGCCAGGAUAUAGUCACUUCGAUGCCACCGUUCUCUCCAAGAACGAAAGCUCACUGCAAGGAGCAAUUACGCGGACGGACCGACACAAAGAUCAAUCCUUUUGCGCCCGAGAAGCGCCCAUCGAGAUCUACUGCUACUGUCCCUAGAUUUAACUUUUUGAUUGAAUUCGAUUUCAAAAAUAAAUGGUUUCAAUGUUGUCCGUUGAAAUAUGAACUCUUACUUGCAUAAAUAAACAUCGAA